GUAUGCAGGGAAGUUGCUAGGGACCUGAACACUGCAGCCUACCACCCCUUACACCCCGGAGCGAGUGCAGAAGGGGGAGCGGUCGGCGCGUCACUGGCGCUGGCGUGUGACGUCACCGCGCUGAAGCAAGCGCGCAGUGGAGGCUCGCCCCGCGACCUCUGGGGGCCGGUUCUCCGAGGAGCUGUGGUCCGCGAGGCGGGCGCCGGAGGAGGGCUGCCGCCGCCCACGCUGACCCCGGCCUUCGCCGGCGCAGCCCCGGCUCCCUCAGGUGCAGGAAGCACCUGGGUGGAGGCCUCCUCCAGGAGAGCCAGAGAUGGAUGGCAUCGGUAGACUUCAAGACCCACGUGGAUCAAGCCUGCAGGGCUGCCGAGGAGUUUGUCAACGUCUGCUGCCCCACCGUGGAUCAGCGGAGGCGUCUGCUGCCCCGCCUCUACACGGGCACCGCCACCCUGGUGUGGAAUGGAAACGCUGUUUCAGGACAAGAGUCCUUGAGUGAGUUUUUUGAAGUGUACCCUUCCAGCGAGUUCCAGAUCAAUGUGCUUGGCUGCCAACCUGUACAUGAUGAAGCCACCCCAAGCCACACCGCAGUCCUCGUUGUGAUCUGGGGAACAGUGAAGUUUGAAGGCAACAAACAACGGGACUUCAACCAGAACUUCCUUCUGACUGCCCAGGCCUCACCUAGCAACACGGUGUGGAAGACAGCGAGUGAUUGCUUCCGCUUCCAGGACCGGGCCAGCUAGUAGAGCAGGCGUCAGCCCCAGCUCGGGAGGGGAACACAGAUCUCAAAAUGUGGGGACACCAGUUCCUUUCUGUUGUGGGCUACACUGCCCAGGGUGAACUCUGCAUUUCCUCAAGUCCAAGGAGCCCCUUUACGAGUAUACUUAUUUGUCAUAGUUGCCUUUUCGUAGUACAGUUUUCUGUUUUUCUACGUGUCCAGUAGAGACCCUGGUUCUUGAAAUUCUGACAAAAUAAUACUAAAAAAAAAACAAACGAAAAAACAGGAGUGUGUAGUUUGAAGUAGUAUGGCAGAAGUUGAUUUGAAAUAAAGCAUUCCAUAAAUUUGUCCCACACAUAAGACACUGCAAAAAUAAUUUUUAAC